UUUCCACUUAAUCUUCAAAAAAGUUUCAAUUUUUCCAUCUGGGUUUUGUGUUCUUUGGUGUUCUUGAGAUUUCUACACAAAACCCACUUCAAAAUUCUCCUCCUUUUUCAUGGAUUUUGGUUCAUCUUCAAGAUUUCACCAUCAACACCAAGAAAUAAUGGAAGAGUCUUCUAAUUCUGGUGUUUAUAUAGAGAAAGAGCAUAUGUUCGACAAGGUUGUGACGCCAAGCGAUGUGGGAAAAUUGAAUCGUUUAGUGAUCCCUAAACAACAUGCUGAAAAGUUCUUCCCUUUGGAUUCUUCAUCAAACGAAAAGGGUCUUCUUUUAAGCUUUGAAGAUCGCUGUGGUAAGCUAUGGCGGUUCCGUUACUCUUACUGGACCAGCAGCCAAAGCUAUGUGAUGACUAAAGGCUGGAGCCGCUUUGUUAAAGAGAAAAGACUUGAUGCUGGUGAUAUUGUCUCCUUUCAAAGAGGGGUUUGUAAAGAUCGGUUUUUUAUUGAUUGGCGGAGCCGCCCUCCUCGCACGCCGGUGGAGACAGCUUUUCAUCACCAUGGUGGUGGUGGUUAUGGUGGUUAUGGUGGUGGUGGUGGUGGUGGACAAUUUCCUCCUCACCAAUUUCAGCUUCACGGCCAGUGGAAUCCAGUGGCCACACCCUUAUCUUUACACAGGGACCACGCCUUCCACUUGCAGCAGAAUAAUAGUGUUCAUAAUAAUGUCAGCCUAUUUCAUACCACCUAUAAUCAUCAACCGAUCGGAGGCGGUGGUUGUGACGGUGGGGCGUCGGUUUUUUUCCAAUUGAGAUCCCCGGCAGCACUGCCGGGAGUCGACGACGGCGGUCAUGGAAUUGGGAAAGCUGCUGCAGCUAAGACAUUGAGGCUCUUUGGUGUCAAUAUGGAAUGUGUAGUAUCUGAAGAUUCCGAUGACGACGAGGGCGACAAAGUAACAACCUCGACUUCGACAACGUUGUCGUCUCAAUUCUGUGUUUAUGACGGAAUGCCGAUGUCGAUGUCGAUGCCAACAAGCAAUCCCAACAUACCGAUCACGGACUUCUUCGAGAAAGGGAAGUCGUUAGAUUUUGGCACUUGACAAACUGAAUCCACAUCUCCAAACAAGAAGAGAAUCAAACAGUGGUGAUUGCUGUCUCUAAUUAUUUGGACAAACGGCUAAGCCCAUGCAGGUUUUGAUAGAUGGCCUUAUAAAGUUUUUGGGUAUCUAAAUGGCUGUGGAAGAAGCCAGUUCUUGUGUUCCUUCUCAUAAAUUGCCUCACAAGAAGCCAAUUUGGUGUUGUUUAUAGGUUUUGAGAUCUUUCCAAAGGUGUGUAUCUAGUUUUUGACAUGUUUUUUGUUCUUUGUCGUGUAAAACAUUCUAAUUUAUGCUUUAAAAACUAGUUUUUGAUCUAUUAAGAAGGGAUAUGAUGAUCAGCUA